CAGCCAAUGGAGGGUGGUGUUGCGCGGGGCUGGGAUUAGGGCCGGGGCGAAUGGCUGGCAAUCUUACUGGGAUUACAGAACAAAGAGCCUCCCUGCGCUCCCGCUCUCGGCUCCGCUCCCCGCGCCGCGCCCCGCCCUCCGCCGCAGCCCGCGCCGGGGGUGGGGGCCGCCGAGCGCCAGCCCCCCGGCCGGCCCGAGAGCCCCCGCCGCGGCCCCUCCCCGGCCGGCGCCCCGCGCCCCGCGCCCCCCGCCCCCCCGCCGCGCCGCGCCGCGCCUCCCUCCGCCGCGCCUUCCCCCAUUCUCCCGGAUUAAUUAAGGAGGCAGCGGCAGGAGGCUGAGUCCUGGCCGCGGGCCGGGGCCGGGGCGCCUCUGGCAGGAGCGCUUGGGGAUCCUCCAAGGUGACCAUGGCCUUGUUGGGGAAGCGCUGCGACAUUCCCACCAACGGCUGCGGGCCCGACCGCUGGAGCUCCGCCUUCACCCGCAAAGACGAGAUCAUCACCAGCCUCGUGUCUGCCUUAGAUUCCAUGUGCUCGGCGCUCUCCAAGCUGAAUGCGGAGGUGGCCUGUGUCGCUGUGCACGAUGAGAGCGCCUUCGUGGUGGGCACCGAGAAGGGGAGGAUGUUCCUGAGCACACGGAAGGAACUGCAAUCAGACUUCCUCAGGUUCUGCCGAGGGGCCCCUUGGAAGGAGCCGGAGGCAGAGCAUCCCAAGAAGGUGCCGCGGGGCGAGGGUGGAGGCCGGAACGUCCCUCGGUCGUCCCUGGAGCGCGGCUCGGACGCGUACCUUCUGCGGAAGAUGGUUGAGGAGGUGUUUGAUGUUCUUUAUAGCGAGGCCCUGGGAAGGGCCAGCGUGGUGCCCCUGCCGUACGAGAGGCUGCUCAGGGAGCCGGGGCUGCUGGCCGUGCAGGGGCUGCCCGAGGGCCUGGCCUUCCGGAGGCCAGCCGACUACGACCCCAAGGCCCUCAUGGCCAUCCUGGAGCACAGCCACCGUAUCCGCUUCAAGCUCAAGAGGCCGCUUGAGGAUGGCGGGCGGGACUCAAAGGCCUUAGUGGAGCUGAACGGCGUCUCCCUGAUAGCCAAGGGGUCUCGGGACUGUGGCCUGCAUGGCCAGGCCCCCAAGGGGCCACCCCAGGACCUACCCCCCACCGCCACCACCUCCUCUGUGGCCAGCUUCCUGUACAGCAGUGCACUCCCUAACCACACCACGAGAGAGCUCAAGCAGGAGGCGCCCGCCUGCCCGCUUGCCCCCAGCGACCUGGGCCUUGGCCGGCCCGGGCCUGAGCCCAAGGCCUCUGGUGCCCAGGACUUCCCCGACUGCUGUGGACAGAAGCCCCCCGGGCCUGGUGGUCCUCUCAUCCAGAAUGUCCACGCCUCGAAGCGCAUCCUCUUCUCCAUCGUCCACGACAAGUCAGAGAAGUGGGACGCCUUCAUAAAGGAAACCGAGGACAUCAACACGCUCCGGGAGUGCGUGCAGAUCCUGUUUAACAGCAGAUAUGCGGAAGCCCUGGGCCUGGACCACAUGGUCCCCGUCCCCUACAGGAAGAUUGCCUGCGACCCAGAGGCCGUGGAAAUUGUGGGCAUCCCUGACAAGAUCCCCUUCAAGCGCCCCUGCACGUAUGGGGUCCCCAAGCUGAAGCGGAUCCUGGAGGAGCGACAUAGCAUCCACUUCAUCAUUAAGAGGAUGUUCGAUGAGCGAAUUUUCACAGGGAACAAGUUUACCAAAGACCCCACAAAGCUGGAGCCAGCCAGCCCACCGGAGGACACCUCUACAGAGGUCUCCCGUGCCACUGUCCUCGACCUGCCUGGGACGGCUCGGUCAGACAAGAACGGUGUGUCUGAAGACUGUGGACCAGGAACGUCAGGGGAGCUGAGUGGGCUAAGGCCCAUUAAAAUUGAACCAGAAGAUCUAGAUAUCAUUCAGGUCACUGUCCCAGACCCUUCGCCAACCUCGGAGGAAAUGACAGACUCAAUGCCUGGGCAUCUGCCCUCGGAAGAUUCUGGUUAUGGGAUGGAGAUGCUGACUGAGAAAGGCCCCAGCGAGGACCCGCGGCCUGAGGAGAGGCCCACAGAGGACAGCCACGGUGACGUGAUCCGGCCCCUGCGGAAGCAGGUGGAACUGCUCUUCAACACGCGAUACGCCAAGGCCAUUGGCAUCUCGGAGCCUGUCAAGGUGCCCUACUCCAAGUUCCUGAUGUACCCGGAGGAGCUGUUUGUGGUGGGGCUGCCUGAAGGCAUCUCCCUCCGCAGGCCCAACUGCUUCGGGAUCGCCAAGCUCCGGAAGAUCCUGGAAGCCAGCAACAGCAUCCAGUUUGUCAUCAAGAGACCUGAGCUGCUCACCGAGGGAGUCAAAGAGCCCAUCGCGGACAGCCAAGAGAGGGAUUCCGGGGACCCUCUUGUGGACGAGAGCCUGAAGAGACAGGGUUUUCAAGAAAACUACGACGCUCGACUCUCGCGCAUCGACAUCGCCAACACGCUGCGGGAGCAAGUCCAGGACCUGUUCAAUAAGAAAUACGGAGAAGCCCUGGGCAUCAAGUACCCGGUCCAGGUCCCCUACAAGCGGAUCAAGAGUAACCCCGGCUCGGUGAUCAUCGAGGGGCUCCCCCCGGGAAUCCCCUUCCGAAAGCCCUGCACCUUUGGCUCCCAGAACCUGGAGAGGAUCCUUGCAGUGGCUGACAAGAUCAAGUUCACGGUCACCAGGCCUUUUCAAGGACUCAUCCCAAAGCCUGAUGAAGAUGACGCCAACAGACUAGGGGAGAAGGUGAUCCUCCGCGAGCAGGUGAAGGAGCUCUUCAAUGAGAAAUACGGUGAGGCUCUGGGCCUGAACCGGCCUGUGCUGGUCCCUUACAAACUGAUCCGGGACAGCCCGGAUGCCGUCGAGGUCACGGGCCUGCCCGACGACAUCCCUUUCCGGAACCCCAACACAUACGACAUCCACCGACUGGAGAAGAUCCUGAAGGCCCGAGAGCACGUCCGCAUGGUUAUCAUCAACCAGCUCCAACCUUUUGCAGAAAUCUGCAAUGACGCCAAGGUGCCAGCCAAAGACAGCAGCAUUCCCAAGCGCAAGAGAAAGCGGGUCUCCGAAGGGAACUCCUUCUCCUCCUCCUCCUCGUCUUCCUCCUCCUCGUCCUCUAACCCAGAGUCCGUGGCGUCUACCAACCAGCUCUCACUCGUGGCUUGCAGAUGUCACGCUAUGAAGUCUCUGAGAUACAGAACUCCCACCCUUCUUCAAGCCUGCUUUUUUUUCCCUUUAACCCACCCUACCAUGCUGUACUAUUUAUUUAUUUUUUAAGUGUACUUAUUUGUUUUGAGAGGGAGCACGCGAACGAGAGAGGGGCAGAGAGAGACGGGGGGGGGGGAGAGAAUCCCAAGCAGGCCCCACAGUGUCAGGCUGGGGCCCGACACAGGGCUCAAUCUCACGAAUCCUGAGAUCAUGACCUGAGCCCAAAUCACGAGUUGGAUACUUAACAGACUGAGCCACCCAGGCACCAACCCCCGCAGGACUUGUUUACUUUAUAACUGGUGUAACUUCACCCAUUUCACCCACCGCCCACCUCUGACAACCGUCUAUCUGUUCUCUGUAUCCAGGAUUUUAGUUCUUUUUUUUUUUUUUUUUUAAAUGUUUAUUUUUGAGAGACAGACAGAGACAACGUGUGAGCUGUGGUGGGGCAGAGAGAGAGAGGGAGACACAGAAUCCGGGGCAGGCUCCAGGCUCUGAGCUGUCUGCACAGACCCCAACGCGGGGCUCGAACCCACAAACCGUGAGAUCAUGACCUGAGCUAAAGUCGGUUGCUUACCCGACUGAGCCACCCAGGCACCCCUAGGACUUUGGUUCUUGAGAGUUUGGAGACUUUUGUUGUUGUUUUAGAUUGUGCAUAUAAAUGAGAUCAGACGGUAUUUUUCUCUCUGAUUUAUCUCACUUAGCCCAAUGCCCUCAAGGUCCAUCCAUGUUGUCACAAAUGCCAGGAUUUCCUCCUUUUUUACUGCUGAUUAACAUUUCAUUGUAUAUACACACCACAUUCUCUUUCUUUCUCUCUUCCUUCCUUUCUUUCUUUCUUUUUAGUAAUCUCUACACCCAAUGUGGGACUCCAACUCACAACCCCGAGAUCAAGAGUCGCGUGCUUCAGCCACUGAGCCAGCCAGCGCCCCUCCACCACAUUUUCUGCAGCCAUCCACUCAUCGAUGGACACGUAGGUUGCUUCCGUGUCUCGGCUACUGUGAAUGAUGCUGCAGUGAACACGGGCUGUCCGCAUCUUUUCAAGUCAGUGUUCUUAUUUCCUUCAGAGAAACACUCAGAACUUCCUCACUGUUUUCCACAGUGGCUGCACCAAUUUGCAUUCCCACCGACGGUGCACGAGGGGUCCGUUGUCUCCACACCCCCGCCAACGCUGGCUGCCUUUGGUCUUUUUGAUACAAGGCGUCCUAACAGGCGGGCGGUGAGAUCUCACUGUGGUUUUGAUUUGCAUUUCCCUGAUGGUGAGCGACGCUGAGCACUUUUUCGCGUACCUGUUGGCCACCUGCAUAUCUUCUUUGGAAAAAUGUCUAUUCAGAUCCU